CUUUGUUUGUCACGGGAGAUCGAGGCCGACGCAAUAAUAACCAAAGCGAAAGCGUAAGGGGAAAUCUAGCGGGCACGAGGCAGCGGCGAUGGCGGAGCGGAGGAUCGGCGUGGCGAUGGACUUCUCGGCGAGCAGCAAGAAGGCGCUGCGGUGGGCGGCCGACAACCUGGUCCGCAAGGGCGACACGCUCGUGCUCCUCCACGUCCGCCACCACGGCCGCGAGGAGGCCAAGAACGUCCUCUGGUCCCACACCGGAUCGCCACUGAUCCCAUUCGAGGAGCUCAUGGAGCCGCCGGUGAGGCAGCGCUACGACAUGCCGGAGGACCCCGAGGUGUUCGACAUGCUCAACGCCCUGGCACUGCAGAAGGAGCUCUGCGUGGUGGUGAAGAUGUAUUGGGGCGACCCGAGGGAGAAGGUGUGCGACGCGGUGGGGGAGCUCAACCUCCAGUCGCUCGUCAUGGGCAGCCGCGGCCUCGGCCAGAUCCAGAGGAUUCUGCUGGGAAGUGUGACGAACUACGUGCUGUCGAAUGCAUCAUGCCCUGUGACCGUCGUCAAGUCAAAGUAGUGAGUGUCCUUCGCAGUUUACAGGAGUACCAAUCCGCAACUGGAACCUGGGCAAAACCCAAAGAGUAAAUCCGAUGUAUUGCAUCUUACAGUACUUUCAGCUGCUAUUACUUCAUAUCGCGUUUACAAUCACUUGUUGCCUACAGACAUGAAUAAGUCAAUGAUUAAUCUGUCUGUGGGCUAAAUUUUCAGUAUCUUUUGUCUGCCUGAACGAAGAUCUGCAAGCUAUAUGUAGCUGGUUUCCCGGCCUAAGGUUUUCUGAAUUACUGGUAGCGGACUAGCAAGUGCAGGAAUUUGCACUAGGCACACUGUGACGUUCAAAUUGUUCCUGACAAAUUUGAAUCAGACGCUGUCGAAAUCCAUGGGAUUGUCAAAAUUUUGUAUCCUUCCGUUAGCAA